AGUUUUCCAUCGGACUCGGGCGCGAACAGUUGGCUUUUUGAAAAUCGCGGCUCUCGACGCGAGAAGAAUUGAUAACUUCGAGAUUUCCGAGAACCGAUGUAUUAUAAUCAAAACUGUGCAAAAUUUGUGAUUAAAUCGCUGGCAGAAGAAAUACAAUUUUUUUCAACUCGCAUUCUCCACAAAUGGAACCACUCUUCGGACUAUAAUUCAGUGUAGCCUUGCCAGAACCUGCAAAAGGAGUUGGAGUUGAAGUUGGAGCUGUAACGGCACUGACAUCCAAAGAUGGACACCGUUUAUGGGACCAAGAAGUACUUCCAGAGUUUAUCCGGCGUUAGUGAUAUAUAUAGGGCCCAGACAUGCCGGCAAAUGAGUGCGGACUACACAUACCAGAACACCGUUGGCCGGAGGUCUCAGCUGGGGGCGUACUAUCACAUGAACAAGCAGCCCUCGUACACCAAUGAUCACAGUGUGAACAGUCAGUAUGGUUACAAUACGUGGGGCAUCUGGCGGGAUGGCAGGAACAUUGCCCCGUCCACGUUUUCGGCCAAGACGCAUACACAAUACCCGAAGAAUCGUUCCUUCUCCAUUAUCCUGACCACGGCGGCAUUUAUAGUCCUGUUGGCCGUCAUCUCCAUAGCCGGUUUGGCCUUCUACUUUAGCUCCAUCAAGACCAAUCUGGAGGAUCCCAUCAUGGGUUUUGAGGGCUCUUUCCGCAUUGCCAAGGGGGAUCUCUUCUCCACGGGUCUCAAGUACAACCACACAACGACCUACAAACAGAAGAUUGAUUUCUACAAGCGUUUUGUGGAGCGUUCAAUGAUGGAUAAUGGUUUGACGCCGCUGCGCACUGAUGUCUGGGGCUUUGGUGAGGGUCCAUUGAUAAAGGUCUCCUUCCGGGUGUUUCUCGAUGUCCGCAAACUGCCGCAAAAUAUACUGAGCGUGGAGGAGUACAUUAAAGAGUCUCUGUUCCUGGAGACCUCCGCCACCAAGUCAUUGUAUCGCUCAUUGAGGCUGGACACCGAAUCGGUGGAGAUCAAGCGGAUAAUGGACGAGCAGGUGGUGCGAUCUGCAGCUAUACUUAAGGAAGCACAAACGGUGCCCACUAGUCAAACCCAACUGGAGAAGCGUCUAAUGAAGAAAGGCAGCACGCCGGCACCAUCGCCACUUCACCCAAAACCUCUGGGUGGCGGCAAUACUACGCCCAAGCCGAAGAAUCCCCUAGUGCGCACCCAUGCCGCUGACGAGGAGCCCGACAUCGAUGUGGAGAACGCUCCGGUUAUCCAGGGUUCUUUUGAGGGUUCCUUUGAGAUCACCAAAACGGAUGCAGACAUUGCCCGCAAGAAGACGCCACCAACUAGGGCCUAUCAGACCAGCAGCAGUAGUGCCUUGCCGCCCAAGACUAUUGCUGUGACGCCUUACUCCUUGAGGGUGAAGCCCAAAAAGCCAAGUAUUGAGAAGCUAACAACAGUGCUGCCACAGCAGGUACCAUUGGGAAAUCCUUCCUCGACAACCAGAGCAACCACCAAGGCCACAAAGGCAACUACUACGACUAGGAAAAGCACUACGAGUACGACAACUUCUACAACAACAACGACGACGAGCACAACGACAACUACUCCAAAGCCAACAACAAGUACUACGACUACGGAGGCCACCACUAGCUCCACUUCCAGUACUACACUUCCUCCGCCGCCCAGCACCACUCGGACCACAACGACCACGUUCACCUAUCCUCCAGUGAGCACGCCCACUUCAAGCCCAAUAGGAUCUCUGCCCAAACUGGAUGCCAAUCUAUUCACCACCUUCCCCAUUUUGGAUACACAACCCUGGAGACCGAUGCAUCGAGAGGUUCCUGAACUGUUGCCAGGUCCACCGCCAGCUUUUCCCACUAAAACCUUGCCAGGAGCAGCUGGAACCACGCCUACCGUUAACCAUAUACCCCAGAGAAGGAUUGAUGAGUUCGAGUUGCCCUUUAUCGGGGACAAUCCUACGCCUCCGACAGCGGCCGUGGCUCCAGUGACCAUUGAUCCAUACAGUCUUGGAUUCCUCAAUCCGGGAGUGCGUCUGCAGGAGCCCAAGCCUCUAAGUCCCGUGCACCAGCAGCAGCCACAAGAUCAGGACAUGCUCUUCUACCACAACUUUGGCAGUCCCGUUUUCAUGCCGGGAACUGAGAAUAUUGAGCGGCUGGGAGGAGCACUCGUAGAACCGCAUCCGCUGCCUGUUCCCCUGAUAGAUGAUGUGAUUAUUCCGCCUUUUAAGCCAAUCGAUGCCACGAUAGGAACAGGUGAGAAGCUGCCCUUUAAUCUGGAUGCCAGCAACGAGAGAUUCGAGCAUCUAGGCGGCGGGGUUAUAGCCAAAAAGCCGCAGGACAAGCUGGAGAAGAAGGAGCCGCAGGAUAAGACGGAAAAGCCAGUCAUCAAGGAGGAGCAAGUCAAAACUGCACAGGAACUGAACCAGGAGAAGGAGCAGCUUGAAACCACCACCAAUCUACAAGAGAACUUGCCUACAUCGACAUCAAAGACGCCGGUUAUUAGCUCACCCAAACCCACCAAAUCUCCAUCGUUACCUUCGCUGAAACCAACCGACAAUUCGGUGCUGGCCGACACCAUAGGCGAGUUCUUUAUGGAGCUCCUAAACCUGCCCAAGGAGGACAAUGCCACGGCCACUCCCAAGCCAACUGGAGAUGUCUUAGAGUCCCGAAUAGAGCCAGAGGAGGAAGAGGUGACGGUGAAGCCUGCCAAGCCGAAUUUUAUGAACCUCAAAGAGAUCAUUCUGCAGAGGAACACUCCCUCUUCGAUUCUCUCCAAUGCCAGCUUAGAGCAGGACUCCACAACCCCAACAACCACGACAACGACCACCGAAGAGCCCAAAACCACAAAAAGGAAUCGAGUGCGAACGACAAGCGAAAAGCCAACCAUGAUGGAUGAUUCCAACCUAUUUCCCUCGCACUCCAAGUGGGAGUUUGUCAACAGUUCGUCGGCACAGGGAUACGGACACAACGGGAACAUGAGAAAGGUCUUCAACCAGACGCUGCAGGCUUGGGUUUCGGAGGAUAUAGACAAGUCGGAGAACCUUACGCUAAACGAUAUCAAAACGAGGAUUAACAAUGCCAGCAAUAUCCAGGACAUCUCGCUGAUCUUUGAUACUCUGGCCACCAAAUUGGGCAUCACGCCCAGUGUCCCAAACAAGUUUCCGCCCUUUUCACAAAACAAACUGAAGCAUUCGGCACCCAAAGAGGAAGUAAAGAGGCCCAUAUCCACCACGACAGUUGCUCCAAAGCCCCUAUUGCCCCUAGAGCGGGAGCCGUUCAUCAAGCCCAUGUCAAGUUUCAUUGAGGAAGGCUCCUCUGAGGUCCUGGGCGCCGCCAUUCCAGUGGUCGGCGAGGCAGAGGUGGAGGUGAUUGAUCCCGUGAAGUAUGAGGAGCUGCUCAAGAUCUCGCAGUUUGUCGCCAGCACAACGGAGCCAAGUGUGCACCGCCUAGUGACGCUGCUCCCGGUGAGAUCCAACUCCGGAAUCCGAACAUAUAGACCGCCCGCCGAGGAGCAGGACACGCCGCGCAGUGCUCCCCCUGCCGUUCCUGUUCCAGCUCCCGCUAAAGCCACCUCUCCACGUCCCAGUGUUGGUCCCGGCAAGAUCAGCAUACGGCGCAAGAGCAAUCUCAACCAGAGCCGGAGAUUCGGCCAGCAGCCCCCCGCCGAGGCGGUGGUCAAGGGCGGCAUUCAGGUGACGGUCAAGAAGUGAUCACAGAGUCGGCCAAAUAGCUCCACGGAUGAGAUUAGCGGAGAGAGAGACACGUUCUACGAUCUAGAUCUAGAUCUAGGUUAGCUUAGACCACUAUAUGUGCUAGUUGUAAGUAGGGAAUAUAUAACUUUAGUUAGAUCGAUCGUGGAAAUAACGAAAUCUUGUUCGAAAAUUGUUUUUCCCCCGCGAAAGGAAGUGAACAAUUUUGGAAUGACACUUCCGGUUAUGCAACUGCCAGUCCUCCUCAGUAUUUAAGAUAAACCACACGUCACAUAAUUCAUUGUUUAUGAAUCGAAUCUCUAUAAAGUCUGUAUACGAUCCUACGGUUUUCGAAUAUCAUCUAUUUUCCAGUUCAUUGCGAUUCUUAUGUUAAUGUUAGCUCACUGGAUGUUUAAGUCGAAGAGUACUCUUAGUACUUGAUAAUUGUUU